CAUUAACAAUCCUCACAAACCUCUUUUGGCAGGGGAGCUGGAUGCACGGAGGAGGCAUUCAGCAGCCUCGCAGAAAUCUGAAACAAAAUUACAAUCCAAACUAGAGGGCGCAAUGACAGUGCUAACUUAAGCAGAUUGAACGUAAUAUGCAGAACAUAUUCAGGGAGCCUUGUUGUAUGAAGAUAAGAGGGGAUAUUUAGCACAGUUAACAUCUGGCAAUCAUCGCUGUAGAAAGCGUGUAUUCCAAUACAGUUGAAAAAAAGGAAUGGGUUGUGGGGGCAGCAGGGCUGAUGCCAUUGAACCGAGAUACUAUGAAAGCUGGACCAGAGACACCGAAUCUACAUGGCUUGCAAAUACAGAUACGGAGACCCCAUUGUCGGGCAUCACCAGCAAUACUAGUGGGUGUCCAGAAAACGCCGUCUUUACCACUAAGAAGGAGAAUGGUACACUUUACACAGGGAAGGGAGCAGAAGGCAAGGCGGCCCAAACCUGUGUCACUGUAUCAUCAAGCGUAACAAACAAAGAAAAAAAGACAGUAAAUGCGGGUACUCAGUGUGGUAAACCUGCAAUUACUGCUGCUACAACCACACAGAAAAGGAGGACUGUCCUUCAGACUGAGGAACUACCAAAUGGAAAUCAAGACAAAUGUCCACCGAGGAAGUCGACAUUGACGUUAAAAAAAGCUGGGCUAAAACAGGUGGACAUGUUCAAGAGGCCGAUAUCAGGUAAACAAGGAAAGAGGUCCUGCACACAAGCAGAGGAGUACUCUGAUAAAGAUACUGAGGGGUGCUCUUGACAUGGCUGGGGCUCUGAAUAGCAUCCACUUCUCCACUCGCUGACUGUAAAGAACUGACUUACCAAAGCACCUUUGCACCUUAACCAGGCCUGUCAUUGAAGAAUGGGAAUGAUGGGGAUGUUAAAACGCCUUGCUCGAGCAGAGGGUCGCUGCAAAGUGCCUUGAAAGUUAAACUACUGUCUGGACUGACAUGGGAACCACCUCUUUUUUGGAACUGCUAAAUAUCUGAAAGCGAUCAGUAUUUCAGUUACAUUAGAUUCUAUCUGAUUAGGAAACUCAUUUUUCACCACGGCAGGAUUCAUUGGGAAUUGAAUUGUAUUUGAGGUGCCACUCCAUUUACCUGUCCAACAUUAUGAAAGAACUGUGUAAAGGGCCUUAUACUAUAUCAUAGAGACCACCUGCCUUGUGGAAGAUGGUAUGUUGGUUCCAUGUUUACAACCACCAUUUCUCUGACAUGUACAAUAUACAGCAGAUUAGACUUUAUUUCUGUGGCAUGACAAAAGCAGCCUGCAUAAAAACAGGCUGAUUAUUUUCUAAAGGAUGAAGGGGUAUGCACCAACAGUGCAGUAGCUGGCAUAUUCUUAGAAUAACAUACACGCGUACAAUCUAAUCUGCAUACAUAAUGACAAAGUAAAUCAUAACGGUCAUCAUAAUAAAGUCCUUCACCUGGAUGUGAUUAAUUGCAGAAGAUAGGACAAUCAAUAUAUAGAUACAAGGUCUACCAUCAAGCCUAAAAAAGCUACGUAUAUCUCUUGCUUGUUGCUGGUUUUUUUUUUCUUCUGCUGAACUUUAUUCUGCUAAAUAGUUUAAAUUGACACUUGUAUUACAGAACAGUCUCCUAUACAUAAUAGAUAAACAGUACAGAAUAGCAUUUGGGUAAUUUGAAAUGUUCAUUUCCGUUUUGUAUGUAUGUGACUCACCUGAAAUCAGUUAUCUGAAGAACUCGGGGCUUUGUUCACAAAGUUUGUGCUGACGCAGUUUUCAGUCACAACUGAAUAACUGGUUAUAAGGUGAAUUUCAAGUUGUGAAAAUUAAAGGAUUUUUUCAUGGAAUAUUAGACUCCUUUUGUCUUGUAUGUCAGAGUUUGUGUGGUAUAAAGAUGCUGGUGUCCUCCUCAAAGAAUUGAAGUGUCCUAAUUUGCAUGUUGUGCAGUGAUGACGGUAAUGCCAUAACAUUUUUAGGCGUCAUCUACAAUGCCUUGUUAAGUUUCAUUGUUUAACAUUGAAAUCUCGGUCAGUACCUUGUGCAGUGUUUCUGUACUAAGGGAUUCUUGCAUCAAUUUUGUGGGACUUAGCAAGUACUGAAGGCUUCAGUUGUUUAAGACAUUGACAAGUUUGUCAAAUUUUACAGUACAAUGUUUCUUAUUAGUACUACUGAAGCUUUCCUAAUGGAUUACAUUUUAAUGUAAGACGCAG